CCACCAAUGGGCGGAGGCGGGGGCGUGCCCGGGAGGCGGGUGGGUGCCUCUCCGGACUCCCUCCUCGUGCUCGGCGUUGAGACCCCCACUGCCGCCGCGAUCGCCGCUGCACCCCCUCCUCUGUAGCCCGGGCUCGGCCGCGGGGUGCGCCUCGCACGGCUCCUGCUGGUGUCCUUGGAGCAUGGGAGGCUGCUGAGCUUAAGCGGCAGGGUCCAGGAGCUGCGUGUCUCCCCCGUGGCAGGGAGGGCAUCCAUGGCUGCAGCCAACAAGGGUCCCCAGGAGCCUGUUCCUGUCCACCCCUCACCUGGACCAGGUUGGGGUCAUCAGGAGGAGCAGGCAGGGACCUCAGGCACAGGCAUAGCUGGAAGAGAAGGUCCCAGAGAUGAGGGGCGUGGCCCUGCAGAGGAGAACCAGGGGCUAGGCAACAAGCCCAGAGUCCGGAGUAUCCGCUUUGCAGCCGGCCACGAUGCGGAGGGCUCCCAGAGCCACGUCCACUUUGAUGAGAAGCUGCAUGACUCGGUGGUCAUGGUCACCCAGGAGAGUGACAGCAGCUUUCUGGUUAAGGUUGGCUUCCUGAAGAUCCUGCACAGGUAUGAGAUCACCUUCACCCUGCCCUCGGUGCAGAGGCUGAGCAAGGACGUCCGAGAGGCACCCGUCCCCAGCCUGCACCUCAAGCUCCUCAGCAUCAUGCCUGUCCCAGAAGGUUACAGCGUCAAGUGUGAGUACACAGCGCACAAGGAAGGCGUCCUCAAGGAGGAGAUGCUGCUAGCCUGUGAAGGUGGCACAGGCACCUGUGUGCGAGUGGUGGUGCAGGCCCGUGUCAUGGACCGGCACCAUGGCACACCCAUGCUGCUGGAUGGUGUCAAGUGCGUGGGCGCUGAGCUAGAAUACGACUCGGAGCACAGCGACUGGCACGGCUUCGACUGAGGCCCACGCCCCCCGGCCCACCUUGGGGCCCCUCAGCCUUAAUCUCCACCUCAUCUCCCCAGAUGCUGCAUGAUGGUGUGGCUUCCUCAUCAGCCCCUAGGAUGGGCAUGGGGGUGGUGUGUCUCGGGGCCUCCAAGCUGGGGCCUUGCCCACAUCUCACCUCUGCCUUCAUUCGUGCCACCUCCCUGCCCCUCCCGUGUCUUCCUCUUCCCACUUCCUCCUCUCCAUGUGCCUCGGUCUCCUGCGGGAAGAAACGGGUUGAGCCCCAAGGAGGCUGUCUGAGGAGGGGCGGGGGAGGGGGAGGACCCAGGGUGGGUUUGCCUCUCCCUCCCCACUUGCAAGCCAUAGGAGGUCCAGCCAGGGCCAGGGAGAGGAGGGAGCUGGCUCUGUGAUGUCAUCAUUUCCAUUACUGCUGCUGCUGUCUCAUCUAAGCCACCAGCCCUGCCCCCUCCCUCUUUCCCACUGCUGUCUAUGGUGAGUAGGAGGGAGGUGCGGUCCCAGCUCCCGCACCCAGGUGUGUGUGACUUGAUUUUUAAACAAUGGUUGGGAUGAUGAAAUCCUAAAGAAAUAAAACUUUCAGUGAAUACCAGA